GUGUUCUGAAUGCUCCGAGUCUGCUCAUCUACAGCACCAACACAGUUCAAUCCAAUGCAAUGAGACACGCUUCCUGCAGCGUUUUCAGAUCGUGUGCUUGCACAACACUGACUCAUACGUGCCUAAAUUUGGCAGUGCCCUGACUUACCGCUGUGUGUUACCUGACAAAGGGAGCGAGCCUACUGAUUUCGGCAAGAAUGAAACCGGAAUUAACAUUUUUCCUUUUAUACACUGGGAGUUCCAUGGGCCCCCUCGGGAGCGCUUUUCUUUGGAAGAUGACGGGGUGGGGGGAAUAUCUAUCUUUCUCGUUUCGUACUGGACAAUAGAAAUAUUCCUGUUUGUCUCUUGCGAACAAUAA